GACGCGCUUUAGUCAGCAGAGGCUACUUGCUGCAACAAGCUGCUGCAGGCUGCUGCUAAACAACUCUGUAGUUAAGAGUCUCCUUUGAAGAUCUCCUCUCCUCCACCCUCUCGGUUGUUUUAAACUAGAUGGACCUUCGGGGACUCCGCAGACUGCCGGCGGAGUUAAAAGCAACCGAGCCUGAAUUGAAAAUGCGAAGAAACAAGCGCUUUUAAUGAAGAAGGAGACGUGGCUUUAAAUGAGAGUUAGCGAAGAGGCUAGCUAGUUUGUUUGGCUGUCAGAGUAGGAUGAUUGUUGUGAUGGCAAGUAUCAACUUGUAGCGUUAAACUAGACACGACUGCGACAAUUAUUUUAAUGUGUUUGUAGGGACUGAACAUCUAUUGUUUCCAUAGCGACAGUAACUAAGCUCCUUAGCUGGAUUAGCAAUCAGCAGCUGAUCUGUUUAGUGGUAUUAGCGGUAUUAGCGGUAUGGUUCAUCCGGUUGUUUGAUGGGGCUUUUACGGACCAUGAUGCCGCCCAAGAUCCAGCUUUUGGCUGUUUUGGCGUUUGGAGUGGCCAUGCUCUUCAUCGAGAACCAGAUCCAGAAACUGGAGGAGUCAAGAGCCAAACUGGAACACACCAUUGCCCGACACCAGGUGGCUGAAGUGGAGCAACGUCACAGUGAAGAUUCGGGCCGGGAAUCGUCACCGCUGUCAGAAAGAGACGACAUGGUCAUCAUCUACAACAGAGUACCUAAGACGGCCAGCACAUCGUUCACCAACAUCGCCUAUGACCUGUGUGGGAAGAACCGCUUCCACGUCCUGCACAUCAACACGACCAAAAACAAUCCUGUCAUGUCUCUGCAGGACCAGGUUCGCUUUGUCAGGAACGUCACGUCGUGGAGAGGGAUGAAGCCCGGCUUCUACCACGGGCACGUAGCCUACCUGGACUUCUCCAAAUACAGUGCGAAGAGUAAGCCGAUGUACAUCAAUGUAGUGCGGGACCCGAUAGAGCGCCUGGUGUCCUACUACUACUUCUUACGUUUCGGAGACGACUACAGACCCGGACUACGACGGAGAAAACAAGGGGACAAAAAGACAUUUGACGAGUGUGUGUCAUCAGGAGGGUCCGACUGUGCUGCGGAGAAACUCUGGCUGCAGAUCCCCUUCUUCUGUGGUCAUCAUUCAGAGUGCUGGAAUGCAGGCAGCAGGUGGGCUCUGGAGCAAGCCAAGUUCAACCUGGUGAACGAGUACCUGCUGGUUGGAGUGACCGAGGAGCUGGAGGACUUCAUCAUGAUCCUGGAGGCUGCACUGCCACGCUUCUUUAAGGGGGCCACAGACCUCUACAGAACAGGAAAGAAGUCACAUCUGCGAAAGACCACCGAAAAGAAGCCCCCAACCAAAGAGACAAUCUCCAAGCUGCAGCAGUCCAACAUCUGGAAAAUGGAAAAUGAGUUUUAUGAGUUUGCACUCGAACAGUUUCAGUUUGUGCGAGCCCACGCUGUCAGGGAGAAGGAUGGAGAGCUUUUUGUCCUGGCUCAGAGCUUCUUCUACGAGAAGAUUUACCCCAAAGUGAGCUAAAAGUGCAGCUGGGCUGACGCGGGCUGCACGGGGACUUUAUGAGGACUCUUUUAGAAGUCGUAUACACUGGGAGGAGAGGACACACGAGUUCACCAAGCGAUGCCGGUGAACGUGUUUUCUGGGAUUCAAAGUUAGAGCCUGUCACAGACAAUCACUCUCAGACUGUACAGUGGAUUUUUUUUUAUGGGGAAUGUGUCUAAUUUUUGUAAUGCUGGUGCAGCUGCUGAGAAAACUUAAUGUGGAUAGACUGUCAAUCUGAAUACAGGGAAAGGAUUCAUGCCGAGGGCGAGAGGUUGAGAAAGUUCCUGAAUGUGUCUACAAACCCAAACAGAAGCAGCCUUCAGUUUAUCACGCUCUGUGUUUCUUUUUUUUUUUUUUUUUUUUUUUGGCGGACCAUUAAAAGCAAUUACUUUAUCAAGUUUAUCAAGUUUAAAACCAUAUGUCACAUUUGUCUGUCCUCUGACAGGUUUGAAUAUUAAACAAGCUCAGAAAGCUCCAUGUUAUUUUUUUUACGGUUUUGCACACUACAUUUUAAAUGCACAAGUAACAGAAGAUAAAACUGUUGAACAAAGCAGCGUUUGUACAUACUGCUCUGCUCUGCUGUGAACGUAUUCUAGGACCAAACAGACUGAAUGGACCAUAGCAUCCUUUGGUGCGUGACUCGUCAUUUUUUUUAUUCCUCUGAGAUGUUCUCAAUGUUCGGCAUCAUAUCCGUAUUUUAUCACAGAGGCCGUGUUAUGCAUCAUUUAUAUGUCAGGUAGGCUUCAGUGUUAGCCUGUGAGAGGAGCACAGCUGCAGCAGGAGGAGGAGGAAGCUCUAAUCAGAAGAAGAGGGAGUUUUAGGAGUACAGGGUUUAGCAGAGCUUUCACUUGGUCACAGGGUCGUUUCCAGGAAAGGGAGACAAACUGAGAGUGCCUUAAUCAUAAUCUACAAGACAUUUCAUUUCAGCUAAGUGACCCCUCAUCCAUAGCUUGUUUUCUUGAGUGUGUAUUCUUACAAACUUCAAUUCCUGUUUUUCAUCUGUUCACAUUUAAUCCUUUAAAACAAAACAUUGAGACAUAAACAGAUUUCUUGCCUCA